AUGGCGGCGCUCUACGCCUGCACCAAGUGCCACCAGCGCUUCCCCUUCGAGGCGCUCAGCCAGGGCCAGCAGCUCUGCAAGGAGUGCCGGAUUGCACAUCCCAUUGUUAAAUGCACUUACUGCAGGACCGAAUUCCAGCAGGAAAGCAAAACCAACACAAUAUGCAAGAAGUGUGCUCAGAACGUGAAGCUCUACGGAACACCAAAACCCUGCCAGUACUGCAACAUUAUAGCAGCAUUUAUUGGAAACAAGUGCCAGCGUUGCACAAACUCUGAAAAGAAGUACGGACCUCCGCACUCCUGCGAGCAGUGCAAGCAGCAGUGUGCGUUUGACCGGAAGGAUGAUAGAAAGAAGGUGGAUGGAAAGCUGCUAUGCUGGUUAUGCACGCUAUCCUAUAAACGAGUCCUACAGAAGACCAAAGAGCAGUGCAAACACUUGAGCAGCUCUUCCCGGGCAAGCCUGCAAGAGAAGGAACAGUACAGUAGGCUCAGCAGUGGCAGCCACUAUAACAGCCAGAAAACCUUAUCCACCUCUUCCAUUCAGAACGAAAUCCCAAAGAAGAAAGCCAAGUUUGAUGCCAUAUCUGCCAAUGGUGACAGUUUUUCUCCGGACCUCGCCCUGGACUCUCCUGGCACUGACCACUUUGUUAUCAUUGCCCAGCUGAAGGAGGAAGUGGCUACUUUAAAAAAGAUGCUGCACCAGAAAGAUCAGAUGAUUUUGGAGAAGGAGAAGAAGAUCACAGAGCUGAAAGCCGACCUGCAGUACCAGGAGUCACAGAUGAGGGCAAAGAUGAACCAAAUGGAGAAGACACACAAGGAGGUCAUGGAGCAGUUACAGGCCAAGAACAGAGAACUCCUGAAGCAAGCAGCUGCCCUAUCGAAGGGCAAAAAGCCUGAGAAGUCGGGAGCAAUAACCUCCCCUUAAAACCAAACCCCCAAUCUGGGAGCUUUCCCCAGCAUUAGCCAAGGAGUCUAGGAGGCCUGCCUGAUCGCUGGAAGCCAAAACCUCAGUGUUGUCACUAUCCCACUGCCGUGGACUCGAUGGAAACGCCUGGUGUGUGUUGCCUUUCGACAGCAUGCUUGAGCGUGUCUGGUUUCGAUCUCAGUUGAAUACCGGUCUGUAUCACGGUGAUCCACGGGGAGAGGUCCCAGCCAUCCUAAAUUCCCCCUGAAGUACUGCUUUCUGGAAGAAGUAUUUUUUCCUAACCAGUUACUACCACUGCCAGCCUUUUCUCUUAGCAAACGGGAACCUGCUGCGUUAGAGACUUCUUGCUGGUUCCCAAACUGCUGCUGUGAGGCAAUAGCCGUGGCCAGUUGUUAAGCAGAUAAGACGGGAGCUGCGUGUGGUAGGAGCUUGAUUUUUCUUGAACUGUUCCCUCUUCAAAAGGAAGCCGAUAAAUCACCAGCCCAACAGAUGUUACUGGAAGGUUGUGCCACUGCUGAGAACGGUUGAUCCAGCUUUUUGAAGAUGCUUCCAAAAUGGGGGCUAUGUAUUUAUCUUGGAAGU